AUGAUAAUGAACGGAUUUAGUACGGGAGAGGAUGACUCUAGAGGAGCAUCUGAUCAAAUUUGUUGUUUAGUUGACGACAACGAACGUUGUAAAAGACCUGCAGGAAAUGCUUCGUAUAGUAAAAGAAUACAAAAAACAGUUACACAAAGAAGACUAAAACUGCACAUUGAUAAUUUGGCAAAACACAUAUAUAUUUGUGAUUAUCAUAAAGGAGUCAUUCAAUCAGCUAGGACAAAAAGAAGAAGGAAAGACUCUGAAGAUGAUUCUAAUGAACAAGAUAUUGAUAUGCCAGAAAUAGAUUUAAAUCAAUUACAAUUGAACACUCUUAAAAGGUAUAAAAAACAUUACAAAAUCCCAUCGAAACCUACAAUGAACAAAACUCAAUUAGCAGAGACUUUAAUGAAACAUUUAAAAACAAUUCCAGUCGUAGAAAAAGAAACUCUUACAUUUUUUAUUUAUAUGGUAAAAUCAAACAGCAACAAAUUAGAUCAGAAAAAUGGUGUUAAUGAAAAUACUUAG